AUUGAGCCACACCCUAAACAUUGCAUUUGCAGCAGCGCAAAGCCAUGUCUGCAGCAACAGCAACAAGAUGGUCUUCAAGUGCUCGACUCGGUUCAGCACUCAACAGGAGAAGAGAUACACCAGGUAGCGCUUUGGGGCGACCAAAGGCAAAUGUAUCGAACGCAUCCGAACAUGAGGAGAGACCAAAAUCAUCAGCCAUCAGGCCACUAUCGGGUAAAGUGGUGAUGAGACGAACAGUUAAGAGAGGAUGGACUGCUAAAGCUAUUCCCCCUGGAGGGGGUAAUGCUAGUCUGAUUGACCUUGAGGAAGAGGACGAGCUGCUGGGGUCAGAAAAAGGAUCACUGGACUCCUUCUUUGAUGAUGACUUCGAGGAUCAGACAAAAGAGGAAGCUCUGGGGAAAAUGCUCUUUUGCAACACACUGGGAGUUGAAUCCAAAGGGCACAAGAAGGACUGGGUUCCAGGUGGUCUAGCAAUCCCAGACUUCCAUUGUCCUCGUUGCCGUGAUCACUGGUACGGCAUCUCAGCUUUUCCUUGCGACGAGGAACUAGCUCGUUUGAUAAGAGAAGGAAAGUGGUACAUUGGGAAAGAUAAAGGAAAGGCCGAGGGAGGAGCGAAUGCAGGGAACAGGGAGAGAUCUAAAGAGGAUAAAGAAAUGACAAGUGGUUCCUCUGAUUCUCUCUCCCUCCCCAGCAUACAGAAAAGGAAAGGGACUGGUUUUCAGAUUAAUAAGUCAGAGCAUCACAUUGAUUUUGUCUCUCCGGAAGCGAGAGAGAAAAAGAAAAAGAAGCAGCGAAUAUCGUUCAAGCUGGAUCACGAAGACGAGAAUUUCGGAAACAAUUCCUCAAACACGUCCCUUGAAGGAGCUGAUGGUAACAGGAGGAGAUAUGGCGGAAAAAAUGAGCAAUAUUCAAAUGGAGGAUAUCGAGAUGGACAAGUCAAUGGUAACGGAGAAUAUGAAGGAGCAACAAGAAAUGGAGAGCCAAAGGCUAGUGAUGUUAACAGUGGGAGUUCAGCUACUCUUCUAUCAAGAGUUGAUGGAUCUGAUGGCCAAGGAUUCGGUUCAGGCAAAAGAGAUGGAUUGAAUGACACAGAAGAUGGAUUAGGGAAGGGUAGAAGAAAAAGGAGAGGAGGCAAUGAUGGAUCUAGUAGUGAUUUGGAGGAUGGUCUAUUGCAAGGCUCCUCAAGAAAUGGAGGAAAUUCAAAAUCAGCUCUAAAGUCUGGGACAGGUGCUGGAGGUAAUGAUGAAAAUGGAUCCAGAGGCAAGAACGGAUCUAGGCUAUCUUCAGAUGAUGGUAGUGGCCAGUGGGGAAGAGGAGGGAACAAGAACAGAGAAGGAAAUGGUCAUGGUGCUACAGGAAGCAAUGAUGGCUCUGGAUCAAGUAAUGGUGAUGGUAGUACUACUGGGAAACAAGGAGAAGGAGUAGAUGGAGGGAGAGGCAGAAAUAAUGGAAGACAAGGAGACUCGCUAAGUUCAAGUCAAAGAGGAUCUCAUAGCAGCCUCCACGGAGGUGGUUCUCAACACUGGGGCAGCAGGGAUAAGGAAAGAGAGCUAGUAAAAGGGAAAGGCUACAUGAGAGCAUCCAGUCCUUCUCAGUCUGACUGGGCAGACCCCACUCAUGCAAGGAUAUGGGCAUCGAACACUGCCAGUUCUUCAAGAGUAUCUCUAGCCAGUUCCACCACUCACAAACACAAUAAAGAUGAAGAUUCAAUGGGAGAAGGAAAGGGAAGGAAAAUCACUCUUCCGCCGAUCAUCAACAAGAAAAGAGAGAAUCCAUUUGGAGAUUUGAGUUUCAUGGAAGGGUUUGAGUUGACGAGAGCUUUUACAUUUUCAUAUCAUUAGACAAUUGCACAACACAAUAAUGUAUAAUUUAACCUCACGUCUUUCAUUCAUUAUUUCUAUUUACUGCUUUAUAACGACGGUGCAUACAUGUAACAUAAUUCAGUUGUUUUUAUGUUUCAGUAUUACGUUUAUAACAGAUCACUAUGGUGCUAUUUCAA